AUGAAAAUUCGAUUCAAAUACUUCAUGUCUUCGCUACCGAAAAGUUCGAUAAACCUACCACCUGAGGUGGAGUCGAGACGAUUCGACAUUUACGCCUCGUUUAUCCCUCAAAAAUUAAGUAGCAUCAGAUUUUUCCAGUUUAGUUCUCCGAUUUUGGACGACCACAGCGUUUUGGUUGUGCCAAAUAUCGAAGCUUACGAUUAUUUUAAAUUAUUCUACGCCGAAUUCUAUACGAAAGUUUGGUGCGCUAUCAUCGUAGUUUUAAUUACAGUUUACCUGGUGUUUUAUGCCAUAAUUUAUCUUCUACCUAGUAGGAAUUUUUCUGUACUCAUGUUGAUUUUGAGCGUGAUAUUCGAAGGGGUGACUUCAGUGAGGAACGCGAACAGGAGUUUUAGAAUUUUACUGCUGAAUUACCUGCUAUUUGGUUUGAUAAUUACGAAUGUUUACAAAAGCAAGAUGUUCGACCUGUUGAGAAGAGAUUUCCAUUACGAAUUGGUAAAAAAUGAAGAAGAUAUUAUGAAGAACAGAUUGAAAUUCGGGAUUAAUUCAAUACAAGUUUUGCACAAUUUGGAAACUUGGUUUCCUCCCACGGUGAAUUUAACAGCGGAAAAUCUCGUGUUUUUCUGCAAGCAUUACGAUGAAUGCGUUAACAGGACUUUAUACGAAAAGGACGUGGUGACGAUUAGUCUGAUUAGAAGUAUUCAUUACGACUUUUUCACGGUAUUCGAGGAUGCAAAUAAAAAACCAAUGGCGCAUUUUAUACCGACCCAAAGCACCCAAGUUUACGUACCAGUUUAUUUUCUGAAAGGUCAUCCGUUGUACCAGAAAAUCAAUAGGAAAUUAUCCGUUGCCAAAGCAAGCGGAUUUGCCGAAUUCAUUUACCAGAAAUACAGUCGGGCUUACAAAAAAAUCGUCGGACUGAGGAAGGACAAAAUUUCCAAAACGUCGCAACUAACAAUGAAUUCAUUGAAGAGCACUUUCGGCCUUUAUUUAGUUUUUUACUUGGUGUUUGUUGCGAUAAUUAAUCUUCUACCUAGCAAGAAUUUUUCCGUGCUCAUGCUGAUUUUGAGCGUGAUAUUCGAAGGAGUGACAUCAGUUAGAAAUGCUAGCAGGAGCUUUAGAAUUUUACUGGUGAAUUACCUGCUGUUUGGUUUGAUAAUUACGAAUGUUUACAAAAGCAAGAUGUUCGACGUGAUGAGAAGCGAUUUCAGUUACGAGACUUUGAAUAAUAGGGAUGAUAUUAUGAAGAACAAAUUAAAAAUUGGUGUGAAUUCUUUACAAGUUCUUCGGAGUUACGAAUAUUGGUUUUCCAGCCAUACGAAUUUAACUGAGGAAAACCUUGCAUAUAUAUGCAAGGAGUACAACGAUUGCAUUAACAGAACAUUGAACAGGAAAGAUGUUGUGACGAUCAGUUUGGUCAGAAUCCUUAAACACGAUUUUUCGAUUUUCCUUGACGAAAACAAAAAUCCCCUGGUGCAUUUUUUACCAUCAAUGAGUAUGCAAAGUUUCAUGCCGAUUUAUUUCCUAAAAGGCCAUCCGCUGUUUCAUAAAGUCAAUAAAAAAUUAUUCAUCGCCAAGGAGAGCGGAUUCAUCGAUAACCUUUACAAGAAAUACAGUCGGAAUUUCGAUAAAAUCGCCGAAUUGAGGAAGGAUAAAAUUUCCAAAACGUCGCAAUUAACAAUGAAUUCAUUGAAGAGCACUUUCGGUCUUUAUUUAGUUUGUUUGAAUCAAAUAGAACAAAAAAUACUGGACGAUAUUAAACGAUAUUUCGUUAGGAAAGUUGUUUUUGUCAUCACCACAAAUGAUACACCAGAAUUUUCCAACAAACAUUACACAGUAGUUUUACUCAACGAUUGCUUAGUUAACAGUUAUUUAAAUAUUUUCAAUGGUACUUACAUAGAAAAUACCAACGAAUUGAAACUGAUGUACACUGCAACCAGGCCCUAUUCAAUGAACUCGCAGAAAGGUAUCAUCGUAGAAUUGCUUAAUUUAGUUCUAACGAACAUGAAAAUUCGAUUCGCUUACAAUUUGUCUGACCUCCCGGAAAAUUCUAUAAAUCUACCGGCUGACGUGAGGUUAAGACUUUACGAUAUUUACGCCAGUUUUAUACCUUUGGAAUACGGUAAUACCAGAUUUUUCGAGUUCACCGUUCCGGUUUUGGACGACGAAUCCGUUUACGUUUCACCAAAUAUCGACACUUACGAUCAUUUUAAAUUAUUCUACGCAGAAUUCAAACCGAAUGUUUGGGGUGUUACCAUCGCCGUUUUUAUUACAGUCUACCUGGUGUUUAAUGCGAUAAUCCAUCUUCUGCCCAUCGAGAAUUUUUCCGUGCUCAUGCUAAUCUUAAGCGUGAUAUUCGAAGGAAUUACAUCAGUGAGGAACCGGAGUAAGAGUUUUAAAAUUUUACUGGCUAGUUACUUGCUGUUCGCAUUGAUAAUGACCAACGUUUACAAAAGCAAGAUGUUCGAUGAAAUGAGAAGCGAUUUUGGCUCGGAGUUGGUGAAAAGCAGCGAAGAUAUUUUGAAGAACAGAUUGAAAGUCGGGACGUCUUCGCUGCGAGUCUUGAAAAAUUUCGAAAAUGUAUUUUCGCCUUAUGUGAAUUUUACGGCGGAAAAUCUGGUGUACAUGUGCCCGAAGUACGAUGAUUGUAUCAACAGAACGUUAACUACAAAAGAUGUCGUAACAAUUAGUCUCUCCAGGAUCGUUAAAUACGAUUUUUCCAAGGUUUUCAUAGACGAAGACAAAAAUCCACUUGCGCACUUCGUACUGACUAGGAGCUUUCCUUCUUACAUGCCGAUUUAUUUCCUAAAGGGCCAUCCAUUGUUCCACAAAGUCAACAGAAAAUUGAUCAUUGCUAAGGAAAGUGGACUUAUCGAAAGCAUUUACAAGAAAUAUAGUCGGGAAUACGAUAAAAUCAUCGGAUUGAGGAAGGAUAACAUUUCCAAAACACUUGUGAUAAUGAUAAACUUUUUCCUAGAAAACUUGCGAAUCGUGGAAACCAAAAUGGAACUGUUAAAAUUGGAUCUCAUCAAAGCAAUACGAAGAGGCACCUAUUCAGAACGAUUUGUAGCGACAUUCAAAACGUCCUACAAAAUUUCCUACCAGCACAUCGAAGCUCUUAAUGUUAUAUUCGGCGAAUACUACACUUUUAUUGUCAUCGUCCUCUAUCUCAAAGCACUGGAAAACAUGAUUCUUAUAACCAUGCAAGCUGUUACACAAACUGGAUACGGUUUUAUGGAAAACAUCGUGUUCUCCUCGUCGCUAAUUUAUGAUGUUGUCAAAGCUUGUGUUAAUCCAGAUAGAAUAAUGGGAACUCGGUGUAAAGACGAUAUAGUAAUGAAUUUUUGCUACAAUUUGGGAAAAUUGUACAUGCACCCGCUGACUAAGCGUAAAAGCGCAUUUAAUUCGGUGCAGAUUGUUUUAUUCGGAAUUUACACGGUGAUCGCUCUGGUUUACAAUUCUUUUCGAGUAUCAGAUUCUUUAUCGAUGAACACACCCGGGCCUAACAAGUUUAUAAUGAGCUUGUUGUACUCCCAAGCUAUGUUAACUCACGUUUGCUAUUUUUACGGAUUAGUAACGAGAAGAAGGAACUGGAACGCGAUGAGUAAGAAACUGGCAAUAGUAACUAAUCUAUUAGGAUGCAACGAUAUAUCCAGGACUACCGCGUUUUUCAGAAUAGGAAGAGUUAUUCUGAUGCUGAUACUCAUCAACCUGUCUAUCGUAAACAUUUACCUCGUCAACAUCGCCUUUUCCAGCGAGAGGAUUCCGAAAGCGGCGGAUAAUUUGAUAAAAACCUGCUAUCUCCUGCACCCCGACGCCCACGAUCGCUAUCUCACCAAAGAGCUGACGGACCUGUCCGUUUUCAUGAAGGAGCUAUUUCCCGAAAUCUCCAUGGCCGGCUGGGCGCUCUUAUGCCGCGACGGUUCGGACGACACGUCUCUUUCCAGCGCCUCGAUCCAGAGUUUAAGCUAA